CAACGGCUUUAGCUCGACACUGGUGUGGUGUACUUUUCGUUUCCCAGGGAGGAGUCAGACGUUAGUUUCUUUAUUAAAGUGUCAUGUUUAUUGAAUUAACAGUAAUUAUACAUCAUGUAUCACGUAUCCAUAAUGUAGUCUGUGAAUGGUGUAGAUGUAAAGCUAUUGGUCAGAUAAUUUUCGAUUUUUAAAAAAAGAUCGUAGAAGAAGUAAACUGAACGGAACAGGAAGGCGGAACAAGAUCACGAGUCGAAACAAAUACCAAAAGACAGUCCAAAACACAAACUCUGCACUGGUUGUUUACACAACCUUUUGACUGCCGCCAUUCAAAUAAUAAAUAAUUCACCAGAAGCAUUCAAACAAUUCUCCUGGCGCCACCACAUGCAACCAUGUCCAUGGCCCUGAAACAAGUCUUCAACAAAGACAGGACAUUCCGGCCCAAGCGCAAGUUUGAGCCCGGGACGCAGCGCUUCGACCUGCACAAGAAGGCCCAGGCGUCUCUUAACGCUGGGCUGGACCUGAAGAUGGCCGUGCAGCUGCCCCACGGUGAAGACCUCAACGAUUGGGUGGCCGUCCACGUGGUCGACUUUUUCAACCGCAUCAACCUCAUCUACGGUACCAUCAGCGACUCCUGCACCGAUCAAACCUGCCCCGUCAUGUCUGGUGGGCCCAGGUACGAAUACCGCUGGCAGGACGAGCACAAGUACAAGAGGCCAACGGCACUGUCGGCCCCCAAAUACAUGAGUCUGCUCAUGGAUUGGAUUGAGGUACAAAUCAACAAUGAGAACAUCUUCCCCACCAAUGUCGGUACUCCCUUCCCUAAAACCUUCAUGCAGGUGGCUAAGAAGAUUUUGUCUCGUCUGUUCCGGGUGUUUGUCCACGUGUACAUCCAUCACUUUGACCGCGUGAGCCAGAUGGGGGCCGAGGCUCACGUCAAUACCUGCUAUAAGCAUUUCUAUUACUUUGUCACUGAGUUCAACCUCACGGACCACAAAGAGCUGGAGCCUCUGAAAGAGAUGACCUCUCGGAUGUGUCACUGAGGGGACACAACUGACCGGUUGACACACACCGGACGAACACAUCCGUCCAUCUAGAAGACUGCAGAACUAAAAGAAGAAACAAAUUUAAAAAAGAGUCUAUUUUUAUAUUUAAGUACUGUAAUCUAUUUUAGCCACAUACUGUAGGUUUAAACCUUGUCAGAUGAGGAGUUUUGUUCCUUUUUAAAAACGUUUUCACACAUUUUAUCAGCGCACAGUAUUAAGAAGUGUAUGUUUGUGUUGAUGUUUUUCUAUUUUAUUUGAAUCUCAAUCAUUCCAGGAUGCUUUUGUCUUUCUGUCUGUUUAAAAUGAUCUAAAAUUAGUAUGAUUUCUUACUGUACAUCUGUAAAAUCACUAUGUUUUAUCAAAAUGAUUCUCUACUCUGUUAUAAAUUGAAUUUGGUAAUCAGUAUUUAAAUGAACACUGACUGGGUAUCCUUUUGGAAGCAUAUAGUACUGGGCUACGGCCAUUUUAUGUCAGUUUUACCUCUCACAUCUGAAUCAAUGCAGUAAUUUAGUAUGUUUUCAGGCCGAGAGUAUUCUGUACAAAUGUUACAAUGAGAAAAUACAUUUUUUUUCUGUU